GGGCAAGCUUUGAAUGUGGAUGUUUUCGGCUGUCACACUGUUGACUCAUUGCAUUGAAGCGUUGCAUGCGAGCCUCUCAGCAAGACAGGACACCACCUUGUUUGCAAAAGUGAUAAAAUUCCUAUUUUUUUUAGAUGGUGUGUCAUUUCAUGGAUAAGCUUGUGAGGCCCAAUUAGUGAGCUUUGGUAGGAAAUGUCGCAUUAUAUAGUUUGGUCUGGUCAUGGUUUUCCAGAAGGAGGAGUGGAAGCGGUUUGAGGCUGACCUGCUGACCACCGUUCGAGUGGCCAACGACUUCAAGACAGAGGCCCAGCAGGAGGUGGAACGGCUCCAGUGCGACAACCAGCAGCUGCAGGAGAGACUCGAGGCUUUGGAGGCCCAGCUGGCUAAACUUAAGAGCAAGCAGGAGCUGUCACCCAAGGCCCACUCUUUGUCUGCUGAUGGCCUCUCCGAGGGCGGAGGGGUCCAGGAGGGGGCCACCUUGAGCACACCGCCUCGUAAUAGUGGUAGCGGCAGUAGCCGGCCACUGACCAAAUGGAGUGACCUGCGUGCUGGCAGCAGCAGCAGCAGCAGCAGUGCUCAACACUCAGUGCGCAGCUUGAUUGAAUCCAUUGAGAACGCCACAAAGCAGGCUAAAGGUCCAAGUAGCAGGAGCUCCUCCACUAGCAGUCUCAACAGUCUAGCCUCUGAUUCGAGGUCAGCAGUUGCAGCAGCAAAUGCACUGCUUUUGGGAAAUGCUGGCGACAUCUUGGCUAAGAGCCCAUUCAAGGUUCCCGAGAAAGUACGCCUCGCACCACGACCUUCACAGCAGCAGCCCAUCCAGCGCUCUGACGCUGCCGGGGAAAGCACCGCUGACAUUCCGACGCGCACAGAAGCUGAAAAGGCGCACCCGGUCUCCAUCCUAGCCCACAAGCUGGAGCCUAUUCGCAGGAACAGCUACAGCUUGCACACUUGCAGUGACCUGUCAUUUGAGAAGAAAGAUCCACUUGCAUCACUGGUCAAGGGAGGUGGAUCAAAGCGCAAUGCCUUGCUCAAGUGGUGCCAGAACAAGACUAUGGGCUACAAGAAUAUAGACAUCACCAAUUUCAGUAGUAGUUGGAAUGAUGGACUAGCCUUCUGCGCUCUCCUGCACACUUACCUUGGGGACAAGAUCCCUUACGACCAACUUGACAGCAAGGACAAAAGGAGAAACUUCAGCAUUGCGUUUGAAGCCGCUGAAUCUGCAGGGAUUCCAAGCACUUUGAAUGUCAAUGAACUUAUUUGCCUGGAACGCCCGGAUUGGCAGUCGAUCAUGGCUUAUGUCACAUCGAUCUACAAACACUUUGAGACCUGAGAGACUGGAAAGGAUUUGCA